AUGGACAGCAGCAACAAAAUGUUUGUCGAUCAUGAGCAGGACAUCGUCAGCAGAGAGAACUCUCAGCUGAAGGAAAGAGAGUCCUCAUCAGGAGAGUCCCCAUCAGGAGAGUCCCCAUCAGGAGAGUCCCCAUCAGGAGAGUCCCCAUCAGGAGAGUCCCAUCAGGAGAGUCUCAUCAGGAGAGUCCCCAUCAGGAGAGUCUGCAUCAGGAGAGUCCCCAUCAGGAGAGUCCCAUCAGGAGAGUCCAGGAGUCUCAUCAGGAGAGUCCCCAUCAGGAGAGUCCUCAUCAGGAGAGUCUCAUCAGGAGAGUCCCAUCAGGAGAGUCUCCAUCAGGAGAGUCUGCAUCAGGAGAGUCCCCAUCAGGAGAGUCCCAUUAGGAGAGUCCCAUCAGGAGAGUCCCCAUCAGGAGAGUCUCAUCAGGAGAGUCCCAUUAGGAGAGUCUCAUCAGGAGAGUCCCAUCAGGAGAGUCUCAUCAGGAGAGUCCCAUUAGGAGAGUCCCAUCAGGAGAGUCUCAUCAUGAGAGUCCCAUUAGGAGAGUCCUCAUCAGGAGAGUCUCAUCAUGAGAGUCCCAUCAGGAGAGUCUCAUCAGGACAGUCCCAAUCAGGAGAGUCUCAUCAGGAGAGUCUCAUCAGGAGAGUCCCAUUAGGAGAGUCCCCAUCAGGAGAGUCCUCAUCAGGAGAGUCCCCAUCAGGAGAGUCUCAUCAGCAGAGUCCUCAUCAGGAGAGUCUCAUCAGGAGAGUCCUCAUCAGGAGAGUCUCAUCAGGAGAGUCCCAAUCAGGAGAGUCUCAUCAGGAGAGUCCCAUUAGGAGAGUCCCAUCAGGAGAGUCUCAUCAUGAGAGUCCUCAUCAGGAGAGUCUCAUCAUGAGUGUCCCCAUCAGGAGAGAGAGUCUCAUCAGGGGGAGUCUCAUCAAGGAGAGUCUCAUCAGGAGAGUCCUCAUCAGGAGAUUCCCCAUCAGGAGAGUCUCAUUAGGAGAGUCCUCAUCAGGAGAGUCUGAAUCAGGAGAGUCCCCAUCAGGAGAGUCCCAUCAGGAGAGUCCAGGAGUCUCAUCAGGAGAGUCCCCAUCAGGAGAAUCCCAUUAG